GUUCCAGCAACUCCAGCGACUUUGUUCGCAAGUUGUACAAGUACGUUCCCCGAUCCAACCAGACGCUGUCCCGUCGUGCUCCCGUGCUAAUGCUCACCCAGGAUGCUCGAGAACGGCUCGGAUGAGAGCGUUGUGCGUUGGGGAGAUAAUGGCGACAGCUUCGUCGUGCUCGAGAACGAGAAGUUUACGAAACACAUUCUACCCAAACACUUCAAGCAUAGCAACUUUGCCAGUUUCGUUCGCCAGCUCAACAAAUACGACUUCCACAAGGUGCGCCACAACAACGAGGAGAACGGACAGUCGCCGUACGGUGCCGGGGCUUGGGAGUUCAAGCACCCCGACUUCAAGGCAAACAACAAGGAUGCUCUCGACAACAUUCGUCGCAAGGCGCCGGCACCGCGGAAGCCUGCUGCCACAGUCGAAGACGUAAACUUUUCAUCCCAGCAGCUGGACCUCAUGAACUCCCAAUUGGUGGCCACUCAAACCCAACUGCAGCAGCUUCAGGACCGCUACAACGAGCUGACCAUCCACCAUUCCAUGAUGAUUCAAGAGGUCAUUGGCAUGCAGAAGACGAUUGUCAAUCACGAGCACGUUAUGCAGAGCGUCAUGCAGUUCUUGCACAACCUCGACGCCCAGCGCCGGCGCGACAGCAGGAUGGGCCACCCCUUUGGCGGCCAAGCACAGAAUGGCAACGUCGAUGCCCAGAACGCCCAGGUCACCCCAGAGGACGAUGUCCCGGCGUCGCCUCUGCAGCACGCUGCCAAGCUGUUGAGUGAGACGAAUGCCGAUGUCAUGCUGAACCCGAGAAAUCUGGAACACAUGAACGAAAUCACGAUGAGGAUGAACGGAACCCUGACGACGCCCCCUCCCGAGUUUCUCCGGGCAAGACCUGCGAGCCGUACGGGAGGACCAGGAUCAGCAGGAUCCAGCGCGUCUGUGCGCAUGGGCGACCUCGACAACCUCGUAUACCCCGUGGGCCAGACCCAAGGCAUCGAUCCCAUGUACAGCGAACACAUCAACAACAUCCCGUAUGCCCUUCCUAGCAAGCCAAACGAGCCCAUCGUUCCGGAUGCGCGAAAGAAGAGCGCUCAUGUGGAUCCCGGAUGGAUCCGGCCACCUCAGAUUCUCCUAGUCGAAGAUGAUCCGACCUGCAGAAGGAUUGGCGGAAAGUUCCUCUACGCCUUCCAUUGUUCUAUAGACAGCGCUCUUGAUGGGCUUGAAGCUGUCAACAAGAUGAAUGCAGGUUCAAAGUACGAUCUGAUUCUCAUGGACAUCAUUAUGCCGAACCUUGAUGGUGUAUCCGCAUGCCAUCUGAUCCGCCAAUUCGACAACACGCCUAUCAUUGCCAUGACCUCUAACAUCCGGAGCGAUGAUAUAGCAAUGUACUUUCAGCAUGGGAUGAACGACGUCUUGCCCAAACCCUUUACAAAAGAGGGACUUCUCCUGAUACUGGACAAGCACCUCGCACAUUUGAAGAAGCCUGUUGCCGACGGCAUGGGGGCGCCUCAACCACUGGCGGCUGCCAGGCAGGUCCUAAAAGAAGAAGACUCGCCCGCAAAGUCUCCCGCAACAGCAAGCAACUGGAACUCUCCCAAUAACAUGCCGGGCGUCUCCCCAGUUGGCACCAACAUGACCGAGGAACAAUACAUCCAGGCAGUCCAGGCAAGCCAGGCCGGCCACCCCAAUGCCUACGCGAUGAACCAUAUGCAGGCGAAUAUGCAAUACGGAACCUCCCCGCAGAUGCAACUCCAGGCCAGACAACAGCAGCAAGCCGCGCAUGCUGCCCAGGCUGCUCAAGCAGCCCAAGCAGCCCAAGCAGCGCAGGCCCAGGCCGCCCAGGCCGCCCAAGUGGCCGGACACAGACGACAGGCGUCUGACAUCUCUGGUGGGGACGACAUGAACAAUGCUGCGAAGCGCCAACAGAUGUACGGCGCGCCGCAGCUACAACCACAAGGCAUGAACCCGAUGCAACGACCGCGGUAGAUUCAAAGAGUUUUUCUGCACCCGUGUUUUUGGCGUUCGGCAUGGUUAUCUCAUUGUGUAGGUGGGAGGCUAAUGUGUUUAACCCGUUUACGACCUGUUUGCGCCAUUUAACAAGCUGCUAUCCAUGACAACACAGCACAGAAUGAUCGUGAGCGAAUAAGUCGGGACUGUACUUUUGUGUACUUGGGAUGGAUAUGGCAUGGAAAAUGGAAGAAGGGAACCAGAA